AUGUCCUUUGUUUUUGAGACCAGUUUGUCCGUCGCAGAGGAAAGCCGUAAUCUCACCUUUCCUGGCUUCAACAAGUGCAACUCAGGGCACAACCAUGGCACUGUGCCAAAGGUCCACCUGAUCUUUCUGCUGCUGCCCAUUACUGUCUUUGCCAUCUUGGGAAACCUCCUCAUCAUGGUGUCUGUGGCCUGCUUCCACCAACUGCAGACGGCCACCAACAUCUUUGUUGCCUCGCUGGCCACCGCCGACUUCCUGGUAGCGGCGCUGGUGAUGCCAUUCAGCCUGGUGCGUUCGGUGGACCGCUGGAGGUUCGGUGAGCUCUUCUGCCUGGCACACUUCCUCCUGGACGUCACCCUCUGCUCCGCCUCCAUCUUCAACCUCACCUGCGUGGCGGUGGACCGUUACCUGGCCGUGUGCAACCCGCUGCACUACCCCGCCCGCAUGACCCGAGCCCGGGUCUCCCAGCUCCUACUGCUGAGCUGGCUCCUCCCCCUGUUUGAGUCUUGCCUGAUCGUCGUGCUGGGCCUCUACACGCAUGGCCAGGAGGGGGCGUUGAGCUUCAGAAAGGGCCAGUCCUGCUUCCUCAUGUUGAAGACCCCCUAUGCGGAGGUAGCCUCCGUGGUCAGCUUCCUCCUGCCCGUGGGGUUCAUGGCGGUGGUGUACGGGAGGAUCUUCCUGGUGGCCCACCGGCAGGCCAGGAGGAUCGACACAGUCUCCAGCCACGUUGGGCAGGCCCAACCGGGCACCACUGUGAGGAAGGAGCGGAAGGCCGCCAAGACCCUGGGAGUCAUCAUGGGGGCCUUCCUGCUGUGCUGGCUGCCCUUCUUCACCAUUAAUCUGGCACACCCACUUUGGGGCUCCCACAUCAGCCACAAGGCCCUGGAGUGUGUCCUGUGGCUGGGCUACACCAACUCGGCCAUCAAUCCCUUGCUCUACGCCUUCUUCAACAGCACCUUCCGCCGGGCCUUCACCACCCUCCUGGGCUGCAGAUUUCUGGACAGGCAUCUCCAGAACAGCCGCCUCUCCCCCAGGACCAGUGGGCAGACAGGGACUGGGCUCGGGUCUGUGUCUAGAUGA